CUCCCUCUCCCUCUCUCACAAACGGAUAAACCUUCAUGGCCACCACUUCUCUCCUUUCGCCGGCCGCCGCCGCCGCCGCUUCCAACACCCACCAGUCCCUCCACCUCUCUUCCAAGUUCCCCUUCCCUAACCUCCUCUUCAAGCCCACCUCCAAAACCAACGGACCGAUACUAUCCACCAAGCUCCACGUUUCCUACCCAACUAACCAGCCCGCCACGACCAGCACUCCCUCCAAAUCUUUCUCCAAAAACCCCAAAGAAGAAACCAUCUUCUUCGAUGGUGGAGCCCACUACGGUGACCUCAUAGCUAAUCUGCUUCUGGGUUUCACUCUUCUGUGGCUGCCUUUGACACUGGCUGCAGUUUCGAGAGCUUUUUUCUUGAGGUACAGGUUCACCAACCUGCGGGUGACGGUGAUUUCAGGACUGACGGGUCAGGACAGGAGUGACUUCUCUUACAAGGUGAUUAAGGACGUGCAAGUGGUGCCACGUUUCAUCGGUGAGUGGGGUGAUGUUGUCAUUACCUUGAAAGAUGGGACAAAGGUUGAUCUUAGGAGUGUGCCUAGGUUUAGGGAGAUUGCAAAGUACUGUCUCUCCAUGGCUGACAAGCCUGUUGUUUUGAAAGAAACUGAACGUAAAGGGUUCUAGAGCUUAAGCUUCCUCUUACUUGGAAAGCUUUAUUACACUUGACAGAACAUGAUUAUGUUCACAGGGGGCAUUUAGCAGCAUAUAGUUGAGGUUCUGUGUUUCGGAUUAUGCAUUUUGACUUCACUGGAGAUAUUUGGUGUGAAAUUUAGAGUAUUAAAAAGUAGUAGUAGAAGUACCCUGAUCAAUUUCUCUUGUACUGUUGAUUUCUGAGGGAGAUUUUCUUUCCAGUUGAGAAGUCAGAUCAUUGGCUGAGGAGUUAAUGAAAUGAAAUUGGGGCACCAGAAGAUAGGGUUAUGAAAAUUGAAAGCUCCGUUGAAACAAGAAGCAAGUUGCAAGAAAGAAGAGGAGGUCUUGGAUGGUACUUUCGUUGUUCAAUCAAUCAAAUUUUCAAGUGAAUUUCUCUGAAAAUUUGUGAAGCAUAUGAUUUACAGGAACUUAAAUAUCGAUCAAAAAGGUUUUGGAUUAAUAUGCUUUACUAUUUCUUGAAAAAUAUUCAAGUAGCUAGCUAGUUAGUUCAAAUUUCCUUUCAUGAAAUAGAUCCUGAAUAGCUUUGAGCCAAUACUCCAAUUUUCCAGAUUUCUCUGGAUAUGACAUCGAUCUGGAUGCAACAAUGUGGCAUAUGAUCAGUUUGAUGGUACCUGUUUCGAUCUUAACUAAAAACCAUUCUUGAUAGAUA